GUUCGGUGAUCGGCGAACGCGAGAAUGGUGGUGGCCGCGAGGUAUACCGAGCCAACACUCCCUUCUUCUUUGUUGCUGGUUUGCUAGAAAGCAUAUGUUUUGCGACGUCGAUGGAGCUCUCGCGGCUUUGAACGGCGCUAACAUCCGAAGCUGCUGCUCCGUCCAUCCUUUCCUCCCCGUUCUGGCCGUUGGUCCCGCUGGUUGCGCUGGUCCCGCUGGAUUUUUCCCGAAUUCGCCGGCAACGAGGUACAUCGUCUUGCCCGAGGUAUUCGUCGAGGUGUUCGUCUGAGCCGGGAUCGGGCUCGUCGGCAAACCUAAACUCGGCGGGGAAGAGCCGAGAGGAAUCGUCGAGAGGGAUCAUUCGUUUGCACGCAGCUGCGCUGGUUUACGCGUAUGUGCGCCGCGCGCCCUUCGCCCUCCUGCCCUUCAGCCGCCGACUAGAGCCGGUACUUCGAUCGGAACAUUUUCAUCUUCGCAUCGGUACAAGACCCGUCGAGGCGGUGCGCGAUCGAUCGAACACCACAGAUCAAGAACAAGAAAAUGAUCAUCGCGAACUGCGUGUUGCUCCUGCUGGCGGUCACGUCCAGAGUGGGAUGCCAGCGAAAUAUCCCGAGAAGCGCCAGAGCCAGCAGAAACGAAGCAGCAUUGGAAUUCGAAUGUCCGGAAGAGUUUGGAUACUAUCCUCAUCCACGCGACUGCACGCAGUACUAUGUCUGCGUGUUCGGCGGUGCUCUGCUCGAGUCCUGCACGGGCGGAUUGAUGUACAGCCAUGAAUUACAGACGUGCGACUGGCCACGUAACGUGGGAUGUUCCGGAGGCGGAUCCGCGAGCAAGGAAAGCGAGGAGGAUCCUCUGUUGGAAAGAUCGGCGAAGAUCGAGAGCCUGCAAGAGCAGCAACAGCAUCAACAGCACCACCAGCAACAACAUCAGCAACAGGUGCCUCCUCCCCGAUCCCAGCCGCAGCCGAGACGCGAGCAGCACCAUCAGCAACGUCCCGUGCAGAGGCAGCCUCUACCCAUCACUACCACCCCUACCCCGAUUCCCCAGAUCACCGAGAAACAGAUCAGACAAAGGCAGCAGGUAAGGAAUUACCACGAGGACGAGUACGAACCGGCUUCCGAGAUCGAGAGCGACAGGCAACAACGGGUCUACAGGGGGCAACCGUCCACCAUCGGACAGGUGCAACGCGACAGGGAUGGUCUUCGUAGAAACGUUAUCGCCGAGCGGGAGAAGGAGAGCACGCGGGCUCAAACGGAAGCCCACUACAGGACGCAGGUGCCAUCCUCGGAAUCGCCGAGAGUCGCCAAAAUCCUCGCGUCCACCGUAUCGUCCGUAAUUCCAAAGACGUACUACGACCCGGACCAGAGUUACCCAUACUAUACGAUCUACGACGAUGACGUGUCCAUUUAUAAGGACGAUGAUUACAACCAGUACACCGUGAACCAAUCGGUGCCGGUUCAGCCGAGCGUCAAGAUCAGCGAGGUGAACACGAAGCAGUAUCAGAAGCCGAAGAAGGUGGCGGUGAACGAGGCGGACAAGUACAAUCUGAACCAGGACGUGACCGUGCAGGACUACGACAUCUACGAGAACCAGGCGCAGCUGAACAAGAACAAGUUCCGCAUCAACGAGGGCCAGUCGUUCAGGCCGAACGUGCUCAGCCACCCCGUUGUCCACGUGACCACGCCGAACGCUAUCGUCGACACGUUCAUUCCGCUGACAACCACCACCCAGCCGCCGCCUUCCACCACCAGCAGGCCUUACACGGUCAACGCACCCGUCAGCAGCCGUGGACGCCCGCAACAGAUCCAUCGCGGCACCGCUCCUCCGCGAUCGCGGCCGACGCUGAAGCCGUCGACGGAGAUCGUGUCGAAGGCGCAGGAGUUCAUCGACAUCUACAGGUACCCGCCGACCAGGCCGUUGCCGAUCUACCCGACCCCGCAGGUCGACAAACCCGCGGCCAAGUGUCGCAAGGACGUCUGCCUGAUUCCGGAUUGCAGCUGCGGCGGCAUCGACAUUCCAGGUGACUACCUGCCGGAGGAGAUACCGCAAAUCGUUCUACUGACGUUCGACGACUCGGUCAACGACCUGAACAAGGGUCUCUACACCGACUUGUUCGAGAAGGGACGGAAAAACCCGAACGGCUGUCCCAUCUCGGCCACCUUCUACGUCUCCCACGAGUGGACCGACUACAGCCAGGUUCAAAAUCUGUACGCCAGCGGCCAUGAGAUCGCCUCCCACACGGUCUCGCACAGCUUCGGCGAGCAGUUCUCUCAGCGGAAGUGGGCCAGGGAAGUUGCCGGUCAACGCGAGAUCCUCUCGGCCUAUGGGGGCGUCAAGCUGGAAGAUGUCAGGGGAAUGAGAGCGCCUUUCCUAUCGGUCGGAGGGAACAACAUGUUCAAGAUGCUCUGGGACACGAACUUCACCUACGACUCCUCCAUGCCGAUCUAUGAGAACCGUCCACCGAGCUGGCCCUACACCCUCGACUACAAGCUCUUCCACGACUGCAUGAUUCCACCGUGUCCCACCAGAUCCUAUCCUGGCCUGUGGGAAGUUCCUAUGGUGAUGUGGCAGGACCUGAACGGCGGCAGGUGCUCCAUGGGAGACGCGUGCAGCAAUCCACCGACCGCCGACGGUGUUUACAAGAUGCUGAUCAAGAACUUCGAGAGACACUACACCACCAACAGAGCACCGUUCGGGCUGUUCUAUCACGCCGCUUGGUUCACCCAGCCUCAUCACAAAGAGGGUUUCAUCUCGUUCCUGGACACCAUCGUCGCGAUGGACGACGUGUGGAUCGUGACGAACUGGCAGGCGAUCCAAUGGGUCAGGAAUCCUACUCCGCUGCCGCUGAUGCACACCUUCGAGCCCUUUGGCUGCAACUAUCCGGACCGACCGAAGAAAUGCAACAACCCGAGAGUCUGUAACCUGUGGCACAAGAGCGGCGUGAGAUACAUGAAGACGUGUCAGGCAUGUCCGGACAUCUAUCCUUGGACGGGCAAGACCGGCAUCCGAAGCAGUCGCAUCGACAACGACGUCGACUCGCACGAAUGAGCCGGAACCGCGUCGAUGUUCCGUACGAUCGCGGUCCAGCCAACCGAGAAGGGAAGAGAAGAAGAGAGAAGGAGAGAGAGGAGAAGAGAAGAGAUGAGAAGCGCCACCGGAGGAGACGAAAACGUUUCCGCCACCGAUUCGGUCAAAAUCCCGUUACCGUUCCUCCGCAGCGGGCCAACGUCUACCCGUCCAUCCGGGCCGAGUACGCCAAUGAAAUCGAACCGAACCGAAACGAAUCGAAUCGAACCGCCAUCCUUUCUCUCUUUACCGAAGGAACGAACGAGUCGCGCGACGGAACACGGUUGGGUCCUCGAGUUUCCACCGAGAAGACGAGCUUCGAUGUCUCUGGCUUCCAAGACGGGAGACGAGUUCGUCCGCGUAACAUUAUUGGCGAAAGGGAAACGCAAAUUCGACGUCGAUCACGGCAGCCGGGCGUAUAUUAUAUUAAUGUAUGCCGGCGGCUCGUCGCGACGAGAGCCUAUCGGGACGAUCGGCGGUAACUCGAUCGACGCGCGAGCUAAUUAGCCGAGGCGCCACGUAAUCCAGCACCGGUGAAAGGAACAAAAGAAACGCUAUGUUUGCCGGGCGACGACGUUUUGGCUUUACUCUUUGGCAAGUAACCGACCAAACGUCUCGUCCCGUCUCACGCGACGUCCUCGCCCGGUCGAGGCAGCCGGCUUGUCUGCUCGUGCUUCGAACGAGUGGAUUCUUCGUCUCUUCUCGAACAAAAUCACUCCGAUUCGACACACCUGACCAAUCAAAACGAAGACGAGCAUCGUUUCGAACGCGAUGCGAGAUGUAGGGUUGAGGUAGAAGCGCGAAUCGACGUCCUCCUUUGAUCCUGCGACGCGCGGAACGUGCACGCUUGGCCGAUUCUCGCGCAGACAGAAUUGACCGAUGGAAAAAUCUCCUCUUCCCCCGCGGUUUCAACUUCCCCUCCCCGUGCCCCGUAAUCCUAUGCCAAUUUUUCUCUUUCUUUUUCGUUUCCCGUUCCCAGUCCCCUCCUCCCCCUUCCCCGAGUCUUCUUCCGCGCGCGUCCUUGGCGUACUCGGCCACGUCCGAUAGAGCAAUUAAUUAAUCGAAACGUAUCAAUGUAUCGUGAACAAGCGCAACGAAAUGUAACCGGAAUCGUCGGUCGCGAGAGGUUUCCUAACAACAAUCGAUCCGGAGGUUCAGGAGGUCGCCUUGCGGACGAGACAAUACGAACCGAGGGAACGAACACGUUCGCUUUAACGAACUAUCGUGCACACGAGGGGAUCGUCGUGUUUACCUUUUAGAACCUGAAACUGUAAUACGCCUUUAAUCAAUAAAUAUUUCGCUACAAUUCCUAAA